CUGAAAUCAACAGUCUUUUGGCAUUGGAGCUAAGUAUCUAAUCCGGAGCAGUUGUCGCAAUGAAGUUAACUAUCGUUCUUUUGGCCCUCGUUGGCCUGGUGGCCGCCGCAAGCGUUUCUUCGCCCAAAAAGGUUACAGUAGCCGAUCGAGAAUUCUUGGAAAGACAGAAGUUUCUCUUUGAAAUCGUAUACCGUGUGGAGGAUCCACUAAUGUUCGAGGAGCACAUCAAGACCGGACACGCUUUCGUCUAUGACAAGGCACAUUACACCCACUACGAUCAUCAUAUGGAGAAAUUCUACGAAUCCUACAAAAUGGGUGCACUCUUGCCUAGAGGAGAAUUCUUUGGUGCGCUCGUUAAGACACACUACAAACAAGCUUACGGUCUAUUCAACUUCUUCUACUACGCCAAGGAUUGGGAAACCUUCCAAGCCAAUGUCGCAUGGGCUCGUAUCCAUGUCAACGAAGGCAUGUUCGUCUAUGCUUUAACUUUGGCUGUUAUCCAUCGUGAUGACUUCAAGGGUCUGAUAUUGCCAUCCAUCUACGAAAUCUUCCCACAAUAUUUCUUCAACAGCAAAUUCAUUUAUGAAGCUGAGAAAUUCGAUUACCAGGCCUGGAGUAAAUACAUUCAAUACGAGAAGGAAUUGCACGAUGUCUACCACAAGGAAAACCGUUACUACAAUCAGGGCUAUUUCUAUGUCAAGGACUUCAAGAUUUACCAAUGGUGGAGACUUAUGGGUCUGGGUGAACAGUGGUACGCUGUCGAGAAGAGCUACCCUCUACGUGAAAACUCGUACGAAUUUGUUUCUGACGAUAAAUAUGUGUCUUUAAUGAAGAAUAUCAACAUGUUCUGGCAUCCGGUUGACUACACACGUGACAUUAAAUACUACAACGAACACUCUGCCUUGUCUUACUUCACUGAGGAUUUGGGUUGGAACUCGUACUGGUACUAUUUGAACAUGGAUUACGCUUUCUUCUUGGAUGGUGAAACUUUCGGUUUGAACAAGGAUCGUCGUGGUGAAUGGUGGUUGUACAAUGUUGAUCAAAUCUUGAGCCGUUACUAUUUCGAACGUUUGUCUCAUGGUUUCGGUGAAAUCGAUGAAUUCUCCUGGAAUCACGCUUACGAAUAUGGAUAUGAUUCCCAACUUAUUUCCUACAAUGGUGUUGGUUUCAGCUCCCGCAGCAAUUACUUCCAUCGUCAAUCUUAUGGCAAAUACGACUUGUUGAACCAAAUCCAAAGCGCCCUCAAGCGUAUCUAUGAUAUCAUCGACUACGGAUACUACACCACCGUUGAUGGACACAAAAUCGAUAUGCGCAAACCGGAAUCUAUUGAGUACAUCGGAAGUUACAUGCAAUCGAAUGUCGAUACCUUCGACAAAUACUUCUUCAGCUAUUGGUAUAUGUUGAGCCAUAUGUACUUCGCUGAUGUGGACUAUAACGAUUUUGAUGCACAUCCCAAUGUAUUCCUCAACUUCGAAACCAUGAUGCGUGAUCCAAUGUUUUACAGCUUCUACAAGGUAAUUACCGAUGUCUACUAUCGUUUCAAUUAUCACUUCCACCCAUACACACACGACGAACUUGAAGCCCCUGGAGUUCAAGUUAAGGAUGCCAGCGUUAGUGAAUUGGUCACCUAUUUCGAUUUGGUUGAUAUUGAUGUUACCAACUUGUUGAACGACAAAAUGGUAUUCGAUGAUGGUAAAUUCGUAUGGGACAAAUCAUUGUUGGCUCGUCAAAUUCGUCUCAAUCACAAACCAUUCCACUACGACCUUACUGUUGAAUCCGAUAAGGCACAGAAGGUUGUCAUUCGUACAUUUUUGGGUCCUAAAUUCGACGAAUAUGGACGUAUUAUUCCACUGAGUGAUAACCGCAUGAACUUCAUUGAAUUGGAUGAAUUCGUCUAUGAAGUGGUCGCUGGCGAGAAUGUCAUCAAACGUUCAUCUGAAGAAUUCUACUGGAAUGUUAAGGACCGCACCACCUACACCGAAUUGUAUCACUAUGUGAUGGCUGCCUACGACGGUAAAUACGAAUUGCCUUUGGACAUUAGCGAACCACACUGCGGAUUCCCAGAUCGUCUGAUCUUACCCAAGGGUUGGGAGAGUGGUUUCCCAGUACAGUUCUUCUUCAUCGUUGCCCCCUACGAUGGCACUGUCGAACAGUAUGCUAACUUUGAUUACACCUACUAUUGCGGCAUUGGUUCCGGUGCACGUCACGUUGAUAGCAAACCAUUCGGCUAUCCAUUCGAUCGUCCCAUCGAUGAGUCGCAAUUCUUCGUACCCAAUGUUUACUUCAAGGAUGUGAGCAUCUAUCACAAUGAUACAUUGAAACAAUACUACGAGAACUACAAGAACUACGGUCAUUUCGAUUACAACUUCUACAAUCAUUACUACACCAAAUACUUCAAUUAGAGCGCGUGAUCAGUUGAGUCUGACCGAUGACGUAACGAUAUGAAAUUGGCUAUUUUUAAGGAAAUAAUGGAAAUCUUGUCAAUCAAAAGCACUGUGAUGAGGUUCUAACGCCUACUUAUGCAUUGAACAUCAAGUGUAAAUUUAGUCAUUAAGUUGUAAUGAAGCAAAUAAAAAUAAAAAUAAAAAAAAUGCAACUAAUUGCCAAGGCAAUUCAAAACUUAAA